GUUAGCGACAGCGGCACGCCGGUGACUUUCACAAAAGAGGAAACCUCCACGUUAUCGUGAUACUGAAAAGCUCAGAGACCAUUAUGUGAACCUUUUAUUCGCAUUUGUUUGGAGAAGAAACUAGCUUCGCAUGAGGGAAAGGCGAGGCGCGAUGAUCACCAUGCCCCACCACUUUGUUGGUUGACAAUUUACUCAUCUACAUAGUCUUCAUAUAAGUUCAAAGGCAAGUCUUAUCGUCCACAGAAGAAAAUCAUCUCCACAUCACAAGUGCAGCAAUCUCCGAAAUCAUGCGAUUUACUCAGAUCUUGACAACGGUGACCUUGGUCUUUGGAGUUGCUACGUUUGCAACGCCAAUAGCAAACCGACGAGAAGUCCUGGCAGAGAGAUUGUACAGAGAUCCAAGCGCUGACGAUGCCACUGUUGAAGCACUUGCCAAACGACUCUACAGAGAUCCAGAAGCUGGGGAUGCCACCGCUGAAACACUUGCCAAAAGACUCUAUAGAGAUCCCGAAGCUGAGGAUGCAACCGCUGAAACGCUUGCCAAGAGACUCUACAGAGACCCAGAAGCUGAAGAGGCUACUGCCGAGACACUUGCAAAGAGACUCUACAGAGAUCCAAAAACUGAUGAUGCUACUGCAGCCGAGUAAACUCAGUAAAUUUCUGAAAGGGGAAUCGCCGGAUCCGACGAGUCUUCCAAAUGUUA